CAGCGACUGAGCGAGGGGACGCGGGACUCGGGGUCGGAGAGGGGUCGCACAGCCGGUGUUUCCGCAGAUGAAGCUGUUGGGGGGGCGGGUGCCGCUCGGUGCCAGUGCCCUGGGGCUUCUCAUUGUCUGUUGGUUUUACAUCUUCCCCGGGGGGGACCGACUCCCCGACCACAAACACGUGACCCAACAGAUUCUGCAGUUCGGCCCGAGAUGGGGGAGAAACCGGAGCAGCUGCGACUCCUUCAGGAAGCUGCUGCAGGAUUGCUGCGACCCCCCACGUCUCUUCUCUAUGACUAAAGCCAAUACUGCGCUGGGGGAGAAUCUCUGGUACGACGGGGAGUUUUUCCAGUCACUCACCAUAGACAACUCCACCCGCAGCCUCUUCCCCCAGGAUACGCCCAUCAAGCUUCCAUUGAAGAGAUGCUCCGUGGUGGGAAACGGGGGGAUUCUGAAGAACAGCCGAUGUGGGGAACAAAUAGAUGAAGCCGAUUUUGUCAUAAGGUGCAACUUGCCCCCACUCUCCCGGGAAUACACUGAGGAUGUGGGAACCAAAACCCAACUGGUCACAGUGAACCCCUCAAUCAUCGAUAAAAGGUUCCAGAACUUGUUGUGGUCCAGGAAGCCAUUUGUGGAGAGUGUGAGUAUUUACAAACAGAGUUACGUGUAUUUACCCGCUUUCUCCACCAAGAGAGGGACGGACCCUUCACUUCGGGUCUAUUACACAUUGAAAGAUUUCGGUUCCAAUCAGACGGUUCUAUUUGCCAAUCCCAAGUUCCUGCGCAAUGUGGGCAAGUUGUGGAAGAGUAAAGGGGUUCACUCUAAACGACUCUCCACGGGGCUCUUCAUGGUCAGCGCGGCCCUGUCUCUGUGCGAGGAGGUGACAAUCUAUGGGUUUUGGCCGUUUCAGAUGGACUUGGGGGGGAGGCACAUCAGCCAUCACUAUUAUGAUAACACGUUGCCUUUAUCGGGGGUCCACGCUAUGCCUGAGGAGUUCCUUCAGCUCUGGCUCCUCCAUAAAAGUGGGGUGCUACAGAUGCAGCUGGAUCAGUGCAAGAAGGAUGUCUCUUCCCAAAAGCCUCACUAAACGGAAUGUCGGAAACGGGGUGUCGGGGUAUAAAUUGGGAACUCGUUGAAAAAGUCAGCAUUUUUACUUAUGGGCGUGGCCUGUGAUGUACCAGACCCCAAAAACCUCAAUACCGGGACCUGAGGACUUUUUACUUUCCUGCAGGGAGUUGGCAGGGAGUUGUACAGUGAUGAACAUUUUUGUAAUUAAUUCUGAUGUUGGAAAACUGAAUGUCGUGACUUUUCCUUCUUUAUAUCGCACUGAAAGCCCCGGGGGGCUUUAAUCUCAUCAGGAAAAUAUUGGGGUCUCUGACUCCCUGAAAUACUAAGCCCCGCCCCCCACUCCCCAGAUUCACUCACAUUUUAUAACAAUUUCAUGGGCAGCUACAAAAUCCUGAAUUCACUUCCACUUUGGUUUGGGGUCUGGUCGCUCAACUCCUCAGGGGCGGCUCCUGCUCUGCAGGGGGAGGAGCAAAGGGCAAGUGAAUACUGCAUUCUGCAUGAAUGGGAACCAAUAAUAAGACUAAUCAUUCUGAGGCCAGUGAGUUGUGGGAUGAGGGGGAGGAGCACCCGGCAUGACCCUCAUUCAUUUUGCACUUUUUGUACCUUUGCAGAGAAUGAGCCCCAGUAGUGAAGGGAGUCAGCAUCACUUACUAAUACAUGAACCCCAAGAUCUGAUGAGAUUGCGCUCACCUUGCUCCGCCUUUCUUCCUGCGCAUUUUGUUUUACGGCUGCACGUCUGCUUACAUCACCCCCACAGCCGCCAAGGUUCUGCCUCUCCCCCAUUUAUUACAAAGGAUGGUCUCUUCUUAAAGGGGUGGUUCACUUUAGUAUGUUAUAGAGCAACAACUUUUCAAUUGGUCUUCGUUAAUUAUUUGUUUUAUUUUUUAAAUUGUCUUCUUCUUCUGACUCUUUCCAGCUUUCAAAUGGGGGUCACUGACCCCAUCUAAAAAACAAAUGCUGUGUAAGGCUACAAAUAUAUUGUUAUUGCUACUUUUUAUUCCUCAUCUUUCUAUUCAGGCCUCUCCUAUUCAUAUUCCAGUCUCUUAUUCAAAUCAAUGCAUGGUUGCCAGGGGAAUUUGGACCCUAGCAACCAGACGGCUGAAAUUGCAAACUGGAGAGCUGCUGAAUAAAAAGCGAAAUAAUUCAAAAACUACAAAUAAUAAAAAAAAAAAAUGAAGACCAAUGGAAAAUUGUCUAUGUAUAUUAGGGUUACAUUUUCUCUCUUUAAGCAACAUUUUAUUUUGGGGGUUUACAUCCCAUUUAAAUAAGAUAGCAAAAUAUUGCAGUUGGUCUUUGUCAUUUUUUUGUGGCUUUUGAAAUAUGAACAUCCUGUAAUAUACAAAAGGCUUGGUAAAUAUCUAGUGUUGUGGCUCCUGGGUGUCAGGGCCCCAAUGGAGGUUAUUUAACCCCCUCCCUGCUAGAAAGGUCAAUGCUAAUGGCUAUAUCAGUAUAUCUGGUUAACUCUCCAGGCCCCACCCACUUGACUCCAUUUCUCCCUCUCUCACUGUUAAAGCAGAAACCCUGUUUUUGGAGCAAUGAGAUUAUUAUGGGCUGCCCACCAGCUUUAAUGCAUUCAGUCCCUUGGCCUAUUGAGUCCAGCUGAUCUAUAGACAUUAUAUAUAUAUAUUUUUAUUCCAGGGAUUCAGCUGAAGGCAAGUUAGCAGAUAUGAACAUUAUAUGCCCAUGAAUAAAGGCAUUAUUUCCUGCUGUUACAGACCCUAUUUCUGAUUGGUUACCUUGGCCCCGCCCCUCCAUGCAUGAUUUAAAGGCGCAAUGGUUGCACGAGGCUGCUGCAUGCCAGGAGUAGAUACAGUAGCACAACUGCUUGACGAUAACCUUAAAUAUAUAUAAAAAAAGAAUCCCUUUGCCCAUCUAACGUUACAUUCACAUUUCCCCGCCCAUGAGGAGCCGACAAUUACAUUUCUAUCCAUCUUUUCUGUACCGCUCACCAGCAUUAUCCUGAGAAUCUCUCUAUCAGUGUCCCCCCCCCCCUAUUGUCACCAUUCACCACCUUGUCACCAGCACCACCGGACAUUAGAUUGUGAGCUCUGCAGGGCAAGGGUGCACGGUGCUUGACAACCAGCUGUACAAUGUAACAGAUCAAAGAUUUCGAUUCUCAUUAAAAGAUUUGCUGAGACCGA